CCCCCUUGCCUGCUCCCAUCCCACGGGAGGGGAUGUUCUCCCUGAGGACACGCAGGUCAGGUCCUGCAGGUGCUGCUCCUGCAUUUCCAGCUGUUGACUGUGCCCCCAAAGUGUGCUGGUGGGGGGCAGCCCUGGGAAUGGCCUUCACCCCACCUUGGGAGGGGUGAGAGGAGAACAACCCCCCGCUCCAGUGAGUGGGAAGGACUUGUAAGGUCUUAGGGGGGGAUUGAGGUGGACUGAGCCCCAGCAGAGCUACCCAGGGUUGGGGCUGAGAAUGGUUCCCAUGGCGGGGGAGCAGAACCCUGUAGGACCUGGGCUGGUGGUGUUGAUGGUCUGGUCUGUCAUGGCUCUGUCCGGAGGCUGAGCUUUGUUGUGGUGAGCAGGGAACCCCUGAGCCCGUUUGGUGUCACAGGCGCACAUUUCUAACGGGGAUCGCAGCCAUGGCCACGGUGGGGACACCCAGCCCCCCCACUGUCCCUCGUCACACCAACCGCCUGAUUAAUGAGAAGUCCCCGUACCUCCUGCAGCACGCCCACAACCCUGUGGAUUGGUACCCCUGGGGUCAGGAAGCCUUUGAUAAAGCAAAGACAGAAAACAAGCUGAUAUUCCUGUCAGUUGGCUACUCCACCUGCCACUGGUGCCAUGUCAUGGAGGAGGAGUCCUUCAAGAGCAAGGAGAUCGGGGACAUCAUGAAUGAGCACUUUGUGUGCAUCAAAGUGGAUCGUGAGGAGCGGCCAGAUGUGGACAAAGUGUACAUGACCUUUGUGCAGGCCACCAGUGGUGGAGGUGGUUGGCCCAUGAGUGUCUGGCUGACCCCAGACCUCAAGCCCUUUGCUGGGGGCACGUAUUUCCCUCCUGAGGAUGGAGUUCAUCGUGUUGGUUUUCGGACUGUGCUGCUGCGGAUUGCGGAGCAGUGGAAGGAGAACAAAGAUGCCCUGUUGGAGAGCAGCCAGAGGAUCCUGGUAGCAUUGCAGCACACAUCAGAGAUCCGUGUGCAGGGCCAGGAGUCACCCCCACCAGCCAAAGAGGUGAUGGACACCUGUUUCCAGCAGCUCUCCAGAUCCUAUGAUGAGGACUAUGGUGGCUUUUCCAAAUCCCCCAAGUUCCCCACUCCAGUGAAUUUGAAUUUCCUGUUCACGUACUGGGCCCUGCACCGAACAACUCCAGAAGGUGCCCGGGCACUGCAGAUGGCUCUGCACACCCUCAAGAUGAUGGCCCAUGGGGGCAUCCAUGACCACAUUGGUCAGGGAUUUCACCGCUACUCCACCGACCAGCACUGGCAUGUCCCUCACUUUGAGAAGAUGCUCUACGACCAGGGACAGCUGGCAGCCAUGUACAGCAAAGCCUUCCAGAUCUCUGGUGAUGAAUUCUUUGCUGAUGUUGUCCGAGAUAUUCUGCUCUAUGUCUCACGAGAUCUGAGUGACCAGGCAGGAGGUUUCUACAGUGCAGAAGAUGCAGAUUCCUACCCAACCACCACAUCCAGAGAGAAGCGAGAAGGAGCUUUCUGCGUGUGGGCAGCUGAGGAGCUCCGGGCUCUCCUCCCUGACCCUGUCGAGGGGGCCACAGAGGGGACAACCUUGGGAGAUGUCUUCAUGCACCACUAUGGAGUGGAAGAGGCUGGCAAUGUGGACCCCAUGAAGGACCCCCAUCAGGAGCUGAAGGGGAAGAAUGUCCUCAUUGCCCGCAGCUCCCUGGAGCUGACAGCAGCCCGGUUCGGGCUGGAGCCGGGCCGGCUGAGUGCCCUGCUGCAGGAAUGCCGACAGAGACUGUCCUCAGCCCGGGCACAGCGGCCACGCCCACACCUGGACACCAAGAUGCUGGCAGCAUGGAAUGGGCUGAUGAUCUCAGGCUUUGCCCAGGCUGGGGCUGCCCUGGCUGAGCAGGGAUAUGUGAGCAGGGCUGCAGAGGCGGCUGCCUUCCUGAGGAAACACCUUUUUGACCCUGACAGUGGGAGGCUCCUGCGGAGCUGCUACCGGGGCAAGGACAACUCAGUGGAGCAGAGUGCUGUGCCCAUCCAGGGCUUCCUGGAGGACUAUGUCUUUGUCAUCCAGGCACUCUUUGACCUGUAUGAAGCCUCGCUGGAGCAGGGCUGGCUGGAGUGGGCCCUUCAUCUCCAGCACAUGCAAGACAAGCUCUUCUGGGACCCUAAAGGCUUUGCUUAUUUCUCCACUGAGGCUGGCGAUCCCUCCCUGCUCCUGCGUCUCAAGGAUGACCAAGAUGGAGCAGAGCCCACCCCUAACUCUGUCACUGUCACAAACCUGCUCCGAGCAGCUUGUUACUCUGGUCAUAUGGAGUGGGUGGAAAAAGCUGGGAAGAUCUUGGCUGCCUUCUCAGAGAGGCUGCAGAAGAUCCCCAUAACCCUCCCAGAGAUGGCCCGGGCCACUGCUGUGUUCCAUCACACCCUCAAACAGGUUGUCAUCUGUGGGGACCCCCAAGGAGAAGACACCAAAGAGAUGCUGCACUGUGUCCGCUCUGUCUUCAGCCCAAACAAGGUGCUGAUGGUGGCAGAUGGAGACAGCGCUGGGUUCCUCUACAGCCAGCUGCCUUUCCUUGCAUCCCUGGAGAGGAAGGACGGGAAAGCCACUGCCUACAUCUGCAGCAACUUCACCUGCUCCCUGCCUGUCACCUCUGUCCAGGAGCUGCGUGGGAUGCUCGGCCCAUGAGCCCCUCAGUCCUGCUGCCUGCAGGAAGGCACGAGGGGGACAGGCUGGCAUUGGAACAUGGGAGAACCCCACAACAGAGCCACCCUGAGCACCAUCCCAGAUGGUUCCUAGCAGUGCAGUGGGGCUGUGCCCUUCCUCACCUGCAGCUGGUUGGGUUCUGCUUGCACUGUUCUUCCAGCAGUGUCCCAGCACCACUGACUGUGGUCCUGGGUGGUGUUUUUGGUAUGGCCAGGAGACACCCAUGGAGGAACAUCUCCUGGCCCUGUAUGAACGCUUGCUUCUCACCUCUUCUUGCUGAGGAAAAGGAAAACAAAUUAAAUAUAAAUCCCAGUGCUAAUGGAGAAGUCAGAUGGGAAAACUGUUAGGGUUCCUAUAGCAACCCAGGAUAAACACUGUCAAAAGCACCUGGAUGACUUGGGAGUGAAGUGCUCUUAAAAGUGUUCCUGGCUCCAGCAGCUGUGGUAUUUUUCUGCUGCAGAGGAGAUUGUAACAUACAUUAACAAUAUAUAGUGCAUGGAAAAAACCUGCUGAUUACAACUGAUGUAAAGUUUAUUCUCCCUUUCCACCCCUCCUUCCCUCCUUGUCCUCCCUGCUUCCAAAUGGGUGAGUACCAGGUUUUCAGCAUCCCUCUGACACCCUGGGCUUCCCCAGCACGGCACCUCACACCCCAACUGCCUGGGUGCUGUCAUCUGGCAGCAAAAUGGCACUGCCCACUGGCUUUCUAGUGGGUUGUGCCAGGAUUUGGGGGUAGCUAGCCAGGAGAAAUGCCUUUGAAGUCAAUUUGGAAUUUUGCACUUCAUCUGAGUGCUUUCUAUGCUUGUGGAAGAGGAGGGGUUUUGUUUUCUCUCCUCUCUUGGUUUUAAAAGCCUGAAGUGUUUCUGGAAAUCCAGCUGGAAAUUGCUGGUUUGGCAGAUGUCUGCCUACUUUCUUCUGGGAUUUUUGCCUUUUUUUUUUUUUUUUUAACUUGGCAUCUUUGCUGUGGGGAUUGAUUUGACACCAUCCUCAGAAGUGCUCAGAGUGAAUUGGUUUGUAUCUGCUGGGAGAGCAUCCUCAGAGAGCAGGGCUGGUGCUGAGUGUCUGUGGGGAAGCCCACAGAGAUGCCAGAGUGGCAGCUGUCCCCGAGGUGGCUGGAGUGCUUGCUGAGCCCAUUUUGGUGCUCUCCAGCCCCUUGUGGCACAGACACAGAGUGCUUUCCUCCCAUCCUGUGUCACUUGUUGGUGUCUCUGUGAACAGCCUCCAGGCAGAGCUGUGCUGUGAACCUCUGUCAGGAUGAAUUGGCUUCACCUCUCAGUAAAACAAAAUAAAAAAGAACGAGAAAUUCUUCGUGAUGA